AUGGAGCUGUACGGCGACGAUGAUCCCGGAGAGCCGGGGGAGGCGGAACCGGAGCCCGAGCCCGAGCCAUCGCCGGAGCCCGAACCCGAACCUUCACCAGAGCCGGAGCCAGAGCCCGAGCCAUCGCCCGAGCCAUCGCCCGAGCCCGAGCCCGAGCCGGAGCCCGAGCCGGAGCCCGAGCCCGAGCCCGAGCCAGAGCCGGAGCCCGCUCCAGAGCCCGCCCCCGAGCCGGUGCCGGAGCCAGAGCCGGAGCCAGAGCCGGAGCCGGAGCCAGAGCCAGAGCCGUCACCAUCCCCGGAGCCGGACCCGGAGCCUUCCCCGGAGCCCGAGCCUUCCCCGGAGCCGGAGCCGGACCCCGAGCCCGAGCCCGAGCCGUCACCAGAGCCCGAGCCCGAGCCUCCGACCCCGGACCCUCCCGAGGAGGACCCCGCCGAGGACAUCGACGACUUACUCGACGACCUGGUCCUUCAGCUCGAGGUGGACGCCGCGCGGAUGGACGCCGCGGUUAAGAUCCAGGCGCUGACGCGAGGGCGCGCCACUCGACGCGAGAUGCGCGAGCGGCGGCGGGCGGCGACGAGGAUCCAGGCGGCGCAACGCGGCAGGGCGGCGAGGAAAGAGGUCGCCGCGAGGAGACGCGAGGAGACGGGGGACGGGACCGGCGGCGACGGCGGCGACGCGGCGGACGAGGACGAGGAUGACGCCGCGGCGAUGGACCGUUCGCGCGACGAGGACGACGUCGACGAGCUGGCGAGCGCGCUGGUGGACACCGCGGCGAUGGACGCGGAGAGGCACGCCGCCGCGGUCAGGAUACAGGCCGCGCGCAGGGGUGUCGUGGGGCGGAGGAUAGCGGCGGGAGUCCGCGCGGCUGGCGCUGACGAGGAGGAAGAGGAGGAAGAGGAGGAGGAGGAGGAGGAGGAGGAGGAGGAGGAGGAGGACGCGGGAGAGGCGGCGGCGACGUCGGAACUCGAUCCGGUGAGGCGCGCGGAGAUGGAGCUGGAGCGGCUCAUGUCCCCGGACCUCGAGCCCUUGCCCGAGCCCGGAUCAUCCGUCGACGAGCUCACCGGUGAACUCGACCAGACGUCCAGGUCCGCGAUCGAGGAGGCCACGAGGUUCGCGGAGGACCUCGCGAAGGAAGCCGACGAAGACGCUUCAGCCGGCGAGGACGACCGGGAAGAGGAAGAGGAAGAGGACGAGGCGGGAUCGGAGAUUGAAGGCGUGAUCGUUCAGCGGGAGUAUCCACCGCCCGCGAGACCCGAGUUGGGCGAGGAGGAGAGCUUCGAGUACGCCGCCAUGCGAUACGACGGCGGCGAGGUUGCCGCGCCCGUGUCGGCGGUGUAUUCCCCCAAGCGCCGCGAACCCAGGCGGAUGUUCAAGCCCAAAAAAUCGGCGGCGCAGCGCAGGUUGGAGCGACUGGGGAUCAAGAAGCCGGAGGAGGAUGACGAGAAUGGGGCUGGUGCCGAGGUUGGGGUUUUGAGAGACGCGAAUCGGGUGCUGGGCACCGCGGAGGAACUCGCCGAGCGCCGGCGUCUGAUGGCGGAAAACUUUGAGCGGCUCAUCAGCGGCCGGGACGCGUUCAUCCUGGAGGACGAAUUACUCGGCGGGGGCUCUCCCACGUUCCAGCCCACGCAGUACAGGCCGUCUCCCACGAAGCCGGCGCCCAGGAAGAUCCCCGUGUAUCAGGAUCCCGAGCGCGACGCGGAGAUUGCCGUGGAGCUCAGGGCUCGGGAACGCGAGCUGGCGUGGCGAAGGGAGAAGCGCGAGAGGGAGGAGAAGGCGCUUGAAGCCGAGCGGCGACGUUUCGAGGUUCUGAAGAGGGAGCUGGAGGAGAUCGAGUCGCGGCGAAGGGAGCAGACGUACGAGAAGGAGCGGAGGAAAGAAGAGGAGAUGGAGCUGCGGCGGAUGCGCAUGGAGAACAGGCGACUGGAGAGGCUGGUGGCCAACGACCGCGCGGAGCUCGACAACCGCCACGUCGCCGGCGAUAAUCGCAAGCCGGGGCACGGCAGACACGACCGCGUCAGGCACAAGAACGCUCCGCUGUUCAAGCGCAUGGAGAAGGCGUACCACUUCAACGUGGAGAUGGAGAUUGAACGCGAACGAAAGGAGGUGCUGGAGAAGAGACGCGCGAAGAUGUACGGAGCCAAGCCGGGUUUAUCCUACGCGCAGCUGCAGUUUCACAGGGAACAGGAGGCGAAACAGCCCACCUGGCAGAAAAACAGAUCCGGACUGGGUGUCCCGCCCGGGGGCUUGCCCGCGAUCGGCGGCGCUCGCGCGUCGAUCGAAUCCCUCGACGGAGUCGGCCCGCGGAUGAGCCGGUUCGAGCGCAUGCGCCGGGAGGAGAAGGCCAGGGCUCGACGAGAGGAGAUUGCCAAGUACGAACUCGCCGAGCGAAAGCGCCAGUACGGCGAGAUGGUCAAGAAGCAGUACAAGCCGUCGGUGAGCGAAAAGGCCAGGAGCGAUCUCUUGAAGCGUAAGGACGUCGCCAGGCCGGGGUUUGAGGACUACCACGCCGAGUCCCUCGACGCCCUCUCCCCGGGCGCUGACGACGUCGCGCCGCCGCCGCUGCCGCGGAUCGUGCCCAACCGCGAGGUGGCUGCGGAGCGGGGCCAGGAGGUUUUCUUCGAGUACGACGUGCACGGUCGGAAGGUGCUGGUCGAUCCGUACGAGGAGCACGACAUGAACUCGCCGUUUCGGCCGCAGCGACCGGGCGCUAAGCUGGCGCCCAGCCCGCGUCGCAAAAAGCAAAAACCCAAGCGCGAGGAGGAGCCAAUCGUCAAGAAUCCGCGGAGGGAGGAGGAAUCGCGAGCGCGCCAAUCGCAGCAGGAGAUGACCCCGGCCGAGCACCUGGCGCGGCUGUCCGAGGAGCGCCACCGGCUGGAGCGCGAGCUGCUCAGCGUGGAGUACACCUACCGGAACGGGAGGCUCAUCGGCAGGCCCGUCGAGCGAAGAUCCUUUGGCUCUCCCGUCGCGUCGGCGGACCCGCGCGUCCAACGUCAGGGCAGGGCGCCGGUACCGUCGCGCGGGCACCCGUCCUGGCCGGACUCCGCCGGUACCGACGGGUACGUCGGCGGCGGCGAGUUUAUCCCCCGGGAUUACGUCCCGCAGGCUGCGUACGACGAGAUACCAGUCGGCGGGGGCGGGAUGGUCGGCGGCGGCGGCGGCGUCUUGUCGGAAACGGCCGUGAACAGACACGCCGCGCGCGAGGACCAGGGCAGGCGAAAGGGGAAGGGGUUCAGGACCAUGCUACGCGAACGGCAGAUCGCGGCGGUGGAGGCGAGGAUGUCGAAGGAGACGUCGGCGCCGACCGAGCCGGUUCAGUUCACGCCCACGCCGCCGCCGCCGCGAACCGAGCCGGUUCAGUUCACGCCCGCGCCGCGGCCCGCCCGGCCGCCCGUCGCCGCACACGACCCACCCGUGCCGCCGCUCGCCCCCGCGCUCACCCCCGAGGAGCUCGAGGAGAUCAUCGCCAACGCCGGCCCCGACGACGUGCCCCCGAUGAACGUCCGAGUCGGUAGGUACUCGUUCGGAGCUGUGUACGACGAGUCCCCAGCGCCGAAACCGCGCCGAAGGGAGGCGCCGCCGCCGCCGCAGCUCUCGCCCACGCAGCUCGCGGAGAUUGUGGAGAAGGCGGGUCCGGACGACGUGCCGCCGAUCGUCGGGAGCGUUGGGGCGGGCCCCGCGGUGAGCUGGGAGGAGCGGCCGGCGAUGUCCCGGGCGAACUUUGAGGCGACGAGGGCGCAGGCGGCGGAGGAGGAGGCUGCGAGGAGGAGAGCCGAGGAAGAGGGGGAGAGGGUCGCGAGGCUCAGCGGCGGCGACGACGACGACGACGACGACGGCAUCGGCGCGGAGACGCUCGUGGCUGCGGAUACGUUACCGCCGGGCGUGGGGAUCGGAGGCGCGGAGACGGACGCGGAGGACUCCCGAUACGGCUCCGCGCUGCUGCUCGCCCUCGGCAUGCUCUCCGCGCACGUCGCCGACGCCUACUAUUACGGAGGAUACCGAUACUACGGCGGCCCAGCGGUCGUCCGGCGCACGGUGGUGGUCCGAGGCCGCCGGGGCCGCUGGGGCCGCAGGCUCGCGCAGGUUGACGACGAGGACUUCGACGCGCUCGCGUUCCUCGCCGAGUCUCCCGCGACGUCGCCGUCGAUGGCGCCGGCCGCCUCCGUCGCGGAGGAAGAGGACGACGCCACGGAGUGCGAUACCAUCCUGGAUAUCGUCGAGACGCGCCCGGAGUUCUCCUCCCUCGCCGCGGCGCUCGCCGACCUUCCCUUGCUCCGCGAGGCCAUGGCGACGCCGAACCGCACCGACACGUUCUUCGCCCCGACGAACGACGCGAUCGAGUCGCUCCUCGAGUGGGGCGGCUUCGUGGAUCGCGCCGAGGUGCGUCCGCCGCGAACCGGCGUCCUGAAAACCCUACUCGACCUCGUCACCGUCGUCUCGUCCGACGGUUCUCGCGCGGUUUUCAACCUCUUCGCGGGAACCUCCGUCCCCAUCGCGCUCGACUCGCUCACCUCACCGUCGUCCUCCCAACGCCGCCGAGACGCGCAGGGCAUCCAGGAAAUGCUCGGUAACGUCUCCCUCAAGGCCCUCAUCAUCGCCUACCACGCCGUGCCGGGCGCGGUUUACUCGGCGGAGGACCUCAAGACCAUCGGCGCCGACGGCCCCCCCGAAAAUUACCUCGACACCGCGCUCGCGAGGAUCCUCGCGGCGGCCGCCGAGCUCGAGGAUCCCGAUGCGGCCGACUCCCUCGACCCGGUCGCCACGUCAGCCGCGUCGGAACCCCUGUACAUCGACGAGUUCGGUGGCGACGUGUACGUCAAGGGCAUCGGAUCCGAGGCGAAGGUGGUCACCGCCGACAUCGAAGCGUGCAACGGGGUUGUUCACGCGGUGAGCCACGUGCUGCUUCCGCUGGACGGCGACGGCGAGCUGUCCGAGGAACAGAAGGCGAGGAUCGCGGAGAUACGCGAGCGGUCCGAUCGCCUCGUCGCCGAGAAGCUCGCCGACCUCGACGACGACGACGACGAGGACGAAGGCGCGGCACCCGAGGCGGCACCCAGCGAUGACGACGACGAAGACGAAGCCGCAGACGACGAUGAAGCCGACGACGAUGACGACGACGACGACGGCGAGGAUUAG